CAAAGAUCAAUAAAAACCCCUGGGAUUAAAUAUGAACCGACUUGCUAACGCGCUCAUCCUUUUCAUGAGCUUGGGAUUGAAAGCCCACAGUUUACAUGAUCAGCCCAUGGUCUAUGGCUUUGACAACAUUGAACCAUCAGCCAACCUCACAUGGGCCCCAUGCUUUGAUGCCUUUGGUUGUUCUAAACUGGAAGUCCCUUUGGACUAUGCGAACAGAGAUCUUGGUACAACGUCGAUUGCCUUCAUCAAGCUGGCUGGCAAAAAUGCGACCGUCGAGUCUCCGAGCAUUGUACUCAUCCCUGGCGGCCCGGGUGGUUCUGGUGUUGACCUCCUCCUCACAUACCAGACUAUCGUCGGACAAAUGUUUGGAGAGCAAUACAACUUCGUCUCCUUUGACCCUCGCGGCGUGAACAACAGUGGCUUGCAUCUAGACUGUUUCUCAGAGGACACAGAAGCCAGAUCGACUUUCUAUCGACUACAUAGAACAGGCGUUACUAAUACUUCGUCGACAUCGCUUGAGGAACAGUACUAUUCAAGCUCUAUCUAUGGAGAGUGGUGCAACAAUGCCGUGGAGAACAAGUCGCCCCAUGCGUACUAUGUGGCCACGCCCGCCGUUGCACAUGACUUGCUUACCUUUACCGAAGCCGAGGCGCAAAUGGCCGGUCAAUCACCGUCAGCCGCCAAACUGUGGUGCUAUAGCAUCAGUUACGGCACAGUGAUCGGAAGCACUUUCGCCUCCAUCCUUCCUGACCGCGUUGGAAGGAUGGUGCUCGACGGUGUUUUGAACGCAGAGCAAUACUACAACAACUAUUGGACGGACAAUGUCGAUCAAAUGGACCAGGCCAUGGAAACAUUCUCAAGCUUCUGCCAUUCUGCAGGGCCUGCAAAGUGCUCAUUUUGGGGCCCCACGCAGGCCAACAUCGCGGCGAGAAUGGAUGGCAUCAUCCGUCAACUUCAGAACCAUCCCGUCUCGCUCAGCGCCGUCGGCGAUCCAGACCUGCUGCCAACAAUGGUCACUUAUUCAGACCUCAAGACUCUUUUUCUCAACACAAUCUACACCCCACUUGCAACCUUUCCCAGCAUGGCGGACAUCCUACACCAAGCCGAACAGGGAAACUUUUCUGCUCUUGCGGGCUUGUAUGACCAGUCAAAUUCGAUAACGGAUGCCCGUCUUGCCAUUACAUGCACUGAUUCGUAUCGGAGAAACAAGCUUACUACCAUCGAAGAGUUCGGGACUUGGGCGGAGUACACGAUAUCCAAGAGCAAGUACAUCGGCGAUAUCUACCCAAUCUAUCUGGAAGGUAUCUUAUGCCGAUCGUUCCGACCGCAGUUGCCUGUUAGCAUGGUAGUUCAAGGUGAUAUCAGCGCAUUGAAGACGCCUACGUCCUUCCCAAUUCUCUUUGCGAGUAACACCAUCGACCCUAUAACGCCGCUGAUCUCGGCGCGCAAAAUGUCCUCUCGGUUUGCCGGAUCGGUGCUUCUGAUGCAAGAAGCUGUUGGUCAUACGGUCAUCGACCAGGGGGCGUCAGACUGCUACUUGGGAAAGAUUCAGGCAUACUUCCAAGGCAUAGUUCCAGUGUCGAACACUACCUGCCCGCGGCAGUAUACUCCUUUCAUAGAUUCCUCGCCUUUCUAA